AUCGUCCAGUUGUCCCUCCCUCCUUCCUGGACGUUGUUCCUGUUGUGAGCUGCCGUGUCUGACAGGCGAAAGGCUUCAUCCUGAAAAUGGAAACGUGGACUUAGGCGGCGCGUGAGGCUCGGCGCAGAGAAGCGGACAUGAAUUUGGCCGCCGUGGCCGUUUACGCCGUGGCCGCGGGGCUCCUGGUGGUGGGCCUGCGGGAGGUCCUGACGGGCUUCGAGGAGAACCGCUGCAGCAUGACCUACAUGUUCGAAUACCCGGAGUACCGGCGGCUGGCGCUGCCUCGCCGUGUGGCCAGAAUGUACCCAGCGUACGGGCUGUACCUGUACGGAGAGGGUCUGUACGCUCAGGAGACCCAGGCGCUCAAGCUCACCGGCGCACCUGUUCUCUUCUUACCUGGGAAUGCAGGAAGUUACAAACAAGCUCGCUCGCUGGGAUCUGUGGCCUUGAGGAAAGCUGAGAACAUGGACGGCGGUCUCCACCUGAAUGUGUUCACCGUGGACUUCAACGAGGAGCUGGUGGCUCUGUACGGCGGGAGUUUGUUCAGACAAACCCACUUCCUGCACGAGAGCAUCAAGGCCAUCCUGCGGCUCUAUAAGCACCUGAAGGCCCCCCCUCAGAGCGUGGUGCUCGUAGGUCACUCUAUGGGUGGGGUGGUGGCCCGAGCCCUGUUCACUCUGCCCCGCUUCAACACCCGCCUGGUCAGCCUGAUCAUCACGCAGGCCUCGCCGCACCAGGCUCCGGUUCUGGCUCUGGACCCGUACCUGCUGGAUUUCUAUGCUGCCGUGAGGAACAGGUGGGUCAACCAAGCAAACAAGCUGAGGAAUGUUACCGUUCUCUCUGUUGGAGGCGGUUACCGUGACUACCAAGUCCGCUCCGGCCUCACAUCACUUCCGUGUCCCUCAGAAGACUCGAAUAAGUUGUCAUUGGUGGUAACUGCUGUGCCAAGGACUUGGGUGUCCACUGACCAUCUAUCUAUUGUUUGGUGCAAAGAGCUCGUUCUAGCUACCGUUAGGGCCUUUUUUGACCUCAUCGAUCGGGAAACCCGACAGUUCACAGAGAACCAGGAGAGGAAAGUGGCCGUUCUGAACCAUCAUUUCAUCAGACAUCCCGCCAGAUUUGUGGAAGAAAGUCCAGAAACAGCUUUCUCCAUUCAAGAUAUUCAGGAAACAGGAAGUGAAGUGAAUACCCUGCGUCUGACCUACACCACACCGAAGGAAGGACAAGUGAAGAACUUCGUGUUCGCCCUGUCGAGUCGCAGGAAGGCCUACAGCCACUUCUACUGCCGCAGCAACAACCUGGAGACGUCCAGUUGGGUGUUCGGCUGCGUUCGGAAGAACGGCUCUUCUUGUGCGAACCCGGAAGAUCUCUCUAAAGGAACCGAACUUCUACCUCCAUACAAGAUCCUCAUUCUGAGUCUCCGUGAUCUUUCUGCGUUUUCUCACCUGGUCGUUUCUGCCUCAAACAUCAACGGAAAACAGUUCACAGUGGAGUGCGAGUGGCAGAGACAUCAGUCGGACUCUCAGACUCUGACGCUCUCCGUUCCUCACGUCUUCUCCUUCGGUUUCACCUCCAGUGACGUUACGGUAAACUCCUCUGGACUUCUGCACUACAUUCAUCUGCAGCACUUUCAUCAGGCCUACCAGGCUUUCAGGAUUAGCGUCAUCAGUCAGUGUAAAGCUCAGAAAGACAGGUUACCCAGCGUGUACCGGAUGAGGGUCCCCUGGUUCAGAGAGGACUCUCUGACCUCCGUCAGUGUCCCAUCAGUGACGGAGAUCUCAGGGAUGCUGCACACCAGUCGUCCUGACAACAGCUCCUCAGGUGUACUCCUAGAGCUCCACACUGCCCCCAACUGCCAGUAUAAGGUUUCAGUUAGAAGCUCGUUGCCUAAAGUGCUGGGACAGAUCUUGAGAUUCUGUGGCCCCACGCUGCCGGUCUACACCGCUGUAACGCUGCUCCUGGCCUGCAGGAGGCAGCUGUCGUCCAUCCUAAAGAGGAGGCGAACGGUUGACAUGAGCCAGGCGGUGGCUGCCGGGCUGCAGCCUCACAAGAUCAACCUGCCCGUUUACGUUCUGCACGUCUUGUUCUGCUGCAGUCAGUUUCAGGAGGUCUGGUCUAGUCUUUGGCUGCCGCCCAUGGACACAAUCCCUCCAUCAUUCCCCGACGGGAUGUUUCAUGAGGACUCGCCUCCAGCUGAGGAGUGGCCUCACCUCCUGUCCCCUUUGCUUUACGUCCUGGGGGCAGCCGUGGCGUACUGGGGCAGCUCGCUGCUCCGCCUCCUCAUUCGUCUGCUCUCUCUGUUGCUGGCUGCUCUGCACAGGCCGUCUGUGUCUGGAGAUUGCGGCACGAUGGGACCGCGGGUCCAGAUCCUCGUCGGUCUCUGUCUGACUGUUGUGGGCGGAGCUUCCUGUGGGGCGUUGGCAAUCGCUGCUUCUUCUCUUCUCCACCUUUACAGAGUUCUCCGGCUGGAGAUGACAGAGCGGUAUUUGAGUCACAUGCUGAAUCUGGCACCACAGAAGCACAAACAAACUGAGAAUGGCACAGAGUCAUCCAGCAAGUCUAAAGCAGGCAGUGGCGCCCCCCUGCUGUCUGAGUGUGCCCUGCAGGAGGUAAGGGACGACCUGGAGCUGCACCUCAGCCUGUCGGCGCUCUUCAUGCUUCCUGUCAUGCUCAGCGCGCCCUCACUGCUCCACUGGAUCCGCAACCUGAGAUAUUCCUCUCAUCUGGACCCCGACCCCUGUUGGCCUCACACUGUGCCUCUGGUUAUCGUGAACCUGCUGCUCAUCAACUGCAACACCCUCAAGCUCAGCAACAGCAAACUCCUGCCUCUGGCCUCCCGCCUCCCCCUCCCCUUGGCCGUCACCAUGGUGACCUUCUCCUCCCUUCACCUGUACAGAGUCACCCACUUCCUGUCCGCAGCUCUCAUCCCGCUGGGCUUGUGCUGUCUCCUCUGACGGCCUUCAGCCCGCUCAAAUGUUACCACCAAGGGUCCUGGUCUUUGGUGUCAGUCUGCUGGAUGUCUUCAAACCAGUUUUGCCUUUCUCUGGGGGUUCUGGUGGGGUCACCGCGCCGUAAACUCUAACACUGCCUGCAGCCCGGCAGCGAGCUGGACUGCAUCCUCAGCAUCGGCGCUCUGCCUCACCAGCAGCAGAACUCCAGGAAAAAAACAUCCAGUGAGACCAACUUUUCAUUUUUACUCAACGACGACUGUUAGAUUACAUUCCCUGAAUGAAAAGUAUUUCACACAAAUGAGAGAAAACGAGUGUAACCGUGCCUUAUUGGAGGCUGCUGUAAAUCUGAAGUUGAAGUUGUUUAGUUGAAAGUGGUGCCAUUAAUAACACAAUAUUUAUUUGUCACACAAACUGCCUUCAGUUUUUUUGGUUACGUUCUUAGAAUUGAUGGAGUUCAUUCAAGGAGUGUGGAUUUAUAUUUGUUUUACGUUUGGAAAUAUUUUGACACUUGCGCUUCAGAGUUUCAUGGAUAUUUGAUACCUUUUAAUCAGUUUCUAAUGUCACAUGACGUGUUUUCACCUGUGGCUUUUGUACGAAGGAACACCUGGACGACUAAAAUCAGUUUCUUGUAGUUGUGGAGGGAAGUUUUAGGUGGAUUAUUAAGUAAAAUCUAAUAAAAAAUGUUGAUGCCGUUGAACCAGAAUUCCCUCUUUGAGGCGAUUUUCCUGUUUGUGCGGCGAAGCGGCUGCCGAGCCUUCACGCUCGAGGCCGUCCUUCUCAAUACGAAUGUAUUUGCACUGAAUGGUUGAAGUUUUACCUUAACUACACUUUUAAGUGAUCAGCUUCUCUGUGCAGUUUUAGUGCUUUAUGGUGCACGUGUUCUGCCUUGUUGUAAAGCAGUGAUAGUCUGUCUUUUGUAGAACAAACUCUUGGGUGUGCGGAGACCAGGACUGCCUUUUGAAUGAAGCGUUUCAAUCAUCAGCUCUCUGGAACCCAAACAGAAAAUCAGUUUGAUUGAAAAAUAAGGAAAUAAAUGAACAUUUUUUGGGUUAUUUCCAGCUAUAAGUCAUUGUCUGAAUUAUUUCACUAAUUUAUGAAUCAAUUUUUCAUAUGACAGAUUGUUUGAAAGCAUUGUGGUGUUUAUUCGCCAAUCCAUGCAGAGACUUCUAGAAGUAUCCAGGGCUCAAGAUUUUGAAAUUGUAGAUUCGGACAUCUCCCAAAAAAUGGUGUACAUCGUGAAAGUUGUGAAAGAAUUCCGACAAAGUCAUUUAUACUUAUUAAAUGAAAUGAUCCAUGUAAUUUACAAUCGUAACUGAAUUACAUAAUUGCUUAUAAAUCUUCUUUUCUCACUUAAAGAUCACAGAAAUGACAAAAUGUUUAAAAUCUAUUUAAAUUUAAUCUUUUUAAAUUAGAUUUUUGGUCCAUUGUUUGAUUAAUCUAAGCCAUAAUUCCCAUUUCAGAGACACUCCUGGAGCUACAUUGAGGUUUAAUAUAAAUAUACCUGUGGAUUGUAUCGGUGUUCACUGUGAUUCUGUCCUUCCUUGAUGUGCCGUUUCAUAUUAUUUAGCUUUUGUGUGGCUUUGGACUUGUAUUAGGAAUCCAAAAAGUGUUUUUGUUCUGCCUUUCUCAGAAAUGAGGGAACCAUUGUGCUUUUUCUUUUAUUUUAAGGUGGAGCCAGUGUUUGUUUCUCACCUUCAUGUUCAUUUAAGGAUAUUUUUGUAGUUUUGGUCCCAAACAUUUUUGAUAAAAAUGGAUCAGAUUUGAAGUUGGUAAAUAUAUUUAGUUUCUGUUUUGCCGUUCUAUCAUUUGUAAGUGUUUGAAUGAGAGGUUUAGGUCAGGCCGGAAGAGAAACAAAAAAAAAGAACUAAAGUCCUUUAACUUGA